AUGCUUGGCGAGCGCUCGAGCCGCGACGCCCUCGCGAGCGCCGGCUUGCCCGGGCCCGUCGGGCCGAGCGCCGGCGCGCUCUUCGGCGCCGCCGACACGGCCGCGUUUUUCGGUCCCUGGGAGCCGCUGAUUCACGAGCGCGCCCCAGGCGGCGGCGUGCUGUACUGGGCUUGGCGCCGCCCGCUGCGCAGGGGGCUGUACCUUUACCUCUCGCGCUCCGUCUUCCCGGGCGUCACGCCGGCGCAGCUGCGCGCCUUUGCGCAUGACGACGCGUGGCGCGUGCGGUGGGACCGCGCGACGGCGUCACUCGGGCCUGCGGCGCCGGCGCUCGAGGGGGAAGGGGCCGCCGGGCGCGAGAGCGAGGUGCUGGCGGCGCUCGUGCGUUUCCCCGCGCCGAUGGCGCCCCGCGCGUACACGUACGCGCGCCGCGUGUGGCCGCGCGCGUGUGACGGCGGCUGCUACGCGCUCGCGCGCGCGUGUGCGCCGCCGGGCGGCGCGGCUGCGGCGCCCACGCGCGCGGUGCCGGUGACGGACUAUUGCAGUGCGGCCGUCAUACGCGCAGCGGCGGGCGCGGGCGCGGCGGCGGCGGCGGCGGCCGCAGCCGCAGCGAACGGCGGCGAAGGCGGCGGGGCAGCGGCAGAGAUGAUCUUGGUGUAUUUCGAGGACUCCCUGGCGAGGACGUCGAUUGUGAAUCUGGGCGUGAGAAAGGGCCUGUGGCCGGCGAUGCUGCGGACAGAGCGCGCGCUGAGGGCGCACGCGGCGGGCAGCUGCGGCGACGGUGGCGUCGGCGGCGGCGGGUUCGGCAGCUUCAGCCUGCGGCGCGCUGGCAGCGAACGCUGGGAGCCCCGGGGUGCCCCUGCGGCUGCGGCGGGCGUUGCGGCGGGCGCGCGGCUGGGCGGGGCGCUGCGGGCGGCGGCGCGCGCGCUGAGCGCGCUGGGGGCGGCGGCCGGCGCGCUGUGGGCGGCGCACGCGCGCGUCGCGUCGCUGCUGCCGCGGCUGGAGCUGCGCCUGCUGCGCUCGCUGGUCAAUUUGAUUGCAGGUGGGCUCGGCACCUAG